AUGACCCUGGUGCUGCCCGCCCCGCAGGUCUCUGCACCCAUUCCACAGGACACCCAUGACUCCCCCACCGGGGGCUAUGCUCAGGCCCCAAAGGGUCCCAGCUCACUGCAGAGUCGAAGCAAGAAGAAGAGCCGUAAGCACCAGCGGUUCCUGGAGCGCCGAGCACUGCUGGAGCAGAAGGGGUUGCUGAGCACCCGUGGGUGCCUGGGUGGUCAGACACACACCACACCCACCAGGGCAAAUGGCACCACAUCACCACGCUGUGGCAAGGUCUCCAAGGGAAAACAGGUCGUCUCCUCAUCCCUGUCCCCAUCUGCCUCUCCAGACAGCAUAGCCAGGCACCACUCUGUGCUGCUGUCCCAUGGGAAUGGCAGCCCCAAGGGGUUGCGGACGUCCUCCCUAGUCCUGCGCCCAGGGAAGUAUGUGGCCAUUGACUGUGAGAUGGUGGGUACUGGCCCUCAGGGCAGGCUGAGCGAGCUGGCACGGUGCUCUGUGGUGAACUAUGAGGGGGAUGUCAUCUAUGACAAGUAUGUCCAGCCUGAGCUCCCCAUUGUGGACUAUCGGACACGCUGGAGUGGCAUCACCAAGCAGCACAUGAAAAAGGCAAUUCCCUUCAAGGCUGCCCAGGCAGAGAUCCUGAAGAUCUUGAAAGACAAGAUUGUGGUAGGACACGCUAUCCAUAAUGACUUCCAAGCCUUGAAGUACUUCCACCCGAAAGACAGGACUCGAGACACUAGCCAGAUCCCUAUGCUGAAGCAGAGAGCAGGACUGCCUGUCAGGGCCAAUGUCUCGCUCAAGAACUUGGCCAGGCACCUGCUCCAUAAAAAGAUCCAGGUCAGCUGCAAAGGACACUCGUCAGUGGAGGAUGCUCAGACAGCCAUGGAGCUGUACAGACUGGUGGAGGUGCAGUGGGAGAAGGAGCUGGCCCGUAGCCUGCCCCCUCGGCCCCCCAGCCCCGUCACAGACCCCACUGCAGACAGCAGCCAGUACAUGGAUGACCGGUACUGGCCCUCAGACCUGAUGGCAAGUGGCCUGUGA